AUGUCGGUAAGUGGCAUGAAUCGACAAAGUCGCAUGGCAUCAGCGUCUCAGUUGUCCACGCUUGGCACAGGACUCGGUCGCCAACGUAGCCUCUUCUCUGGAAACGCCACGCUCGCCAACACUGGACUCGCUCAGCCACCAACAUCACUUCGGGACGCCUUCAAGCCUGAGUUGACUCAAUCUGGACGCAGACAGGCAAGACGCUUACGUCGAAACGGUUCUCCCUCAUCGCGUCUCUCCAACGGAGACACCAACCGCCACGACAACUUUUGCUGGCGAUUACGCUCGGUUUGCUUGCUGCUUCAAUGGAGGCUCUCGGCCAGUCCCAGGCUCUCUUGGUCUCCGAUGCCUUGA